CCUCCGCGUUCGUUCAAAUUCCUCUCUCUCUCUCUCUCUCUUUUUCUCUCUCUCUCUCCAUCGUCGUCUCCGAAGAAACCGCACCACAUCGAAACCCUAGCCAUGGCAUCCUCCUCCGCCGCCGCCGCCGCUGAUAACGCCCCGCCGCCGCCGCCGCCGAUCCGGCGCCGCGGCGCCCUCCGCCGCCUCCUCCUCCUCCGCCGCUCCCCCGAGCGGAGCCCUCUCCUCUCCUCCCCCUCUCCUCCGGAGCGCAAGGGCGCGAAGAAGGGCUUCGCCGCCGCCCUCCGUGGCCUCGGCUGCGCCUCGGCCUCCUCCGCCGCCGCCACCUCCUCCGCCGACGCCGACGCUGCCGCCGCCGUACGAUCCUCCGCCGAGUGGCAGGGGAAGAGGGCGCGGUGGCGUAGGGCGACGGAGAUGGAGAAGGAGAAGGAGAAGGAGAAGGAGAGGAGAGCAGAGGCCGAGAGGGUUCAUAGAGAGGGACUUUACAAUUCUAGAAGGAACAUAAUGCAAGAUCACAUAUCAUCCUUCAUUGACUCGCCACCUCAUGUUGAUUCCCCUAUCUUUGGAUUCGAUCUUCUUCGGCCACCUCGGCAUUUGCAUCACAUGAGAGCGUAUCACCGAUCCCCCGAUGAGCUCGAAGAGAUGAUGAUGUUUCACACAAGAGUGUUGUUGGGAGGCAUCGAAGUUUACGAUCGGUACCACGAUUGGCGCCUUGAUGUUGACAAUAUGUCAUAUGAGGAAUUACUUGAGCUAGGAGAUAAGAUUGGAUGUGUGAGCACCGGAUUGAGAGAAGAGGAGAUAGUACGCAGCCUCAGCAAAGUCGAACACUCUGUAUUUGAGGCUUCUCCAUUACAUAUUCCUACCGAGAAGGACCAUAAAUGUAGCAUUUGCCAAGAAGAGUAUCAAGCAAAUGAUGAAACGGGAAGGUUGGGUUGCGGGCAUAGCUAUCAUGUACACUGCAUCAAGCAGUGGCUUUCUCAAAAGAAUGCUUGUCCUCUUUGCAAGACUGCUGUGCACGACAAAACCUAACUAACAAGCAAAUACCUCUCUGCUCUUAGUCUUUGUACAGUGAUUAUUAUCACAGUUUCUUCUUCUUCUUUUUUUCCCCCCUGAUUACUUAUAGAUAUGGAAGUUGCGUUGUGUUUGAUGGGGUCGAGUCCAUAUAUUUUGUUGUAUUUUGAUGAGUAUUGGAACCAAACUUUUGAGGUUCUGAUUUAGUUUGAACUGGUGAUUGAUAACUUUUUCGUGCUGCUAUAGGAAUUACUCUUGAAUUAA